UCAUUAGGACUAAACACUCAACUUAACGCAAUAGCCUGCAAACCAAAAUCGCACUGGACAAAUUUUGUACGACAUCUUCGACCGAAAGAGUAUUAAUUGUAUAUAUCUAUAUUCGAAUUGUUCUCCUCAGUGAUGUAAAUUUUUGCCCAAAAGAUUCAGAAAAAGAAGCUUCAUUUUCAGAAACAUCACUUAAAAAUUUCAAUCCUGCAGGUUUGGGAUCUAACCCCUUUAUACUUCUUUAAAUUACCAAAAAAUCCGUUAUCAGUCAGCUGGAAAAUGCCACCCAAAUUAUUUUGUGCUUGUUCAUCUUCAUACAGACGCAGAUCAAUGUUCUUGAUUUUCUAUCUCCUCAAUGGGCUUUCGAGAUUUAUCUUAGGCUUUAUCGUGACUUCGUGGCAAAAUUUGGAUUAUAAAUGUAAAUACAAUAAACCCUUAUCAGUGUCUGAGACUUGGGAUAGGUAUUCUAGCAAUAAUGGUGGUGUUGGUGGUAGUGGAGAGGUGUUUUCUGAUGGGGGGCAAAAACGGUACAAACUUUAUGGGCUUUGUAGGCAUACAAACCGGGUACAGACCCGCUGGUGGACGACCGGCCUUGCAGAAGACUUGCUUUCCCUCUGAUCACAGUGGCCUUCAAUGACACCUCCCUUUGCUCCAGUAGUGGAAACUCAUCAUUAGCGACUUACAAUGAUUGCUUUGAUGCGAAAGAGGAUUCUAAGGGGAAACCUACACUGGACUGUAUCUCAGAAGACUUAACAUCGUCAAACAAAAGUAAUCAUGAAGCAAAGUUGGUUGUUGAAAAUCUUUCAACUGGGAAACCUGAUUUAGAGGAUAUCUUAAAUAUAUCUGUCCCUGAAAGAGUUGAAUCAAAGAAAUCAAAGAGUUGCCAUCUUAAUGACGAUGAUCUCUUGAUUUCGCAUAUUAAAAAAGCCAAAACCAUUAGAUCUUCCGGGAAACAGUCCACCUGCAAAUCCAAGCCUCCGAGGAAGCACAAGAAACGAAAAGGCAGAUGCAGCAGUGCAAAGAAUUUGAUGGAAAAGAAGUGGUCUGCUUCUGAAUUGAGAACUGUUUUAUCCUGGUUAAUUCAUCUGGGUGUUGUUUCGCUAAAUGAAGUGAUCCAGUCACGAAAUCUAAAAAAUGACGUUGUGAAAGAUGGUUUGAUUACCAGGAAUGGGAUAUUGUGCAACUGUUGUAAUACGGUGCUUUCCAUCUCUGGGUUUAAGAGUCAUGCUGGUUUUGGGCUGAAGCAAAAUUGCAUCGGUCUUUUCUUGGAGUCUGAUAAGCCAUUAACCUCAUGCCAGCUUGAGGCCUGGUCAGCUGAAUAUAAGGCUAGAAAAGCUCGAACUGGUCAAGUUGACGAGACAGAUCCAAAUGAUGAUUGUUGCGGGCGCUGUGGUGAUGUUGGUCAACUGAUAUGCUGUGAUAGCUGUCCGUCUGCGUUUCAUCUGGCAUGCUUGUUUGAACAGGUGCUGCCUGAAGGAAGCUGGUAUUGUCCGCAAUGUCGUUGCCUGAUUUGUGGGGAUGUGGUCAAUAAUAAAGAUGCUUCACAAUCUCAUUGCUCUUUUAAAUGCUCACAAUGCGAGAAUAAAUAUCACAAGACAUGCAUUCAAAGGAAGGGCAUGAAAAUCGAGUUUUCCCCAGAUACCUGGUUGUGUGGCGAAUGGUGUCAGGAGGUAUACUCGGGUCUUCAGUCUCGCAUUGGGUUGAUCAAUCGUCUCUCUGAUGGCUACUCUUGGACACUUCUUAAAUGCAUUAAUGGCGAGCCAAAAGUUCAUUCUGACAAGUGCUUUGUUACUUUGAAGGCAGAGUGCAACUCAAAGCUAGCUGUUGCAAUAACGAUUUUGGAGGAAUGCUUUCUUUCAAUGGUUGACCCAAAAACAGGCAUAAACAUGAUACCUCAAGUCAUGUACAACUGGGGAUCAGAAUUCGCACGACUGAACUAUAGUGGUUUCUACACUGUGGUUUUGGAGAAAGAUGACAUUGUGUUGUCUGUAGCAUCCAUCAGAAUCCACGGGGUUACUGUAGCAGAGCUGCCUUUAGUUGCAACUUGCAGCAAGUACCGUCGAAAGGGACUUUGUCGGCUCCUUAUUAAUUCUAUAGAAGAGAUGUUGAAGUCCUUGAAGGUCAAGAAGCUCAUUGUAUCUGCCGUCCCCAGUGUAGUCGAGACAUGGACGAAGGGUUUUGGCUUUGAACCCCUGGAAGACGACGAGAAGCAAAGUUUGAGCAGAAUUAACUUAAUGGUGUUUCCAGGAUCCGUAUGGCUGAAGAAGCCUUUGUAUCAGAAUGCCAUUGAUCAAGAAAAAGAAACCACCCAUAUUGAGACAGGAUCAACCGAUGAACCAGAGGGCAUGCGACUGCGAUCUGGAUUUGUCUGUUCAAGAAGCCAAAACCGCCACAGAAACCAAAAAUGGAGGUAGCCAACUUGAGGUAGUUCCCUAUAAAGAGCCCAAGGAGAUGUACACUUAGACAGAGAGGCAAUUGUUUGUAACUGCAGAAAAAGCAGUGUAUUUGACUAUAAUCUGAAAUCAAAUAUUUAACAUGAAAUCUGAAACAGAUCUUGUGUUUUUUCUUUCAUCUUAUUCCAUACCAUUUUUCUUCUA